AUGCAUCGCUGCUUGAAAGUCUCACCUGAUUCCCACAGGAUCUCUUUUUGUCACAAUACAUUCAACCGAAAUUAUAAAGCCACUAUUGGUGUUGAUUUUGAAGUAGAACGAUUUUUAUUAUUGGGCAUACCAGUAACGCUACAGGUAUGGGAUACUGCGGGUCAGGAACGUUUCAAAUGUAUUGCAGCUGCCUAUUAUCGUGGUGCACAUGUAAUCAUUGCAGUGUUUGAUCUGACUGAUUUACAAUCAUUAAAAAAUACCGAACUUUGGAUUCAAGAAGCAGUAGACGCAAGUUCUGAAAAACCUAUUGUAUUUCUUGUUGGCGCUAAACGUGAUUUAUUGAUAGAUGAUUCACUCUACGAAUUAAACGAACAAGAAGCAAUGAAAUUUGCAAAACGUCUUCAAGCGGAAUAUUGGCCAGUUUCAUCACUGACAGGCUAUCAAAUUCAAGAGUUUUUUCAACGUGUUGCAUGUAUUAGUUAUCUAACAAUGAUAAACCAACAACUAAAGCCAAAAUCUUCCAUAGAGCGACAUAAAAUGGGCAUAGAGUUACAUACCAAUGUGCAAUUAGAUAUAUUCUCUCAAUGA